AUGAGCCCCAACUGGGAAAGGCUUCCAGAUGUGGAGGUGCUUGUGGCAGCUGUGGUGACCCAUGAAGGAGGCUGUAACUGCCCCUGCCUCAGUCUGUACAAGUGGGGGCACCAGACUGGAUUGGAGGGAAGUGGAUGGAGAAAAGGGAGACAGAAGGAAGAGGUGGAGCAGGGGGCAGCAGCUGAGAGGCUGAAGAUCUUUGGGAAACCCACCCGUCACACCAGGAAGGCCCUGAGACUGCUGCAGCUGAACUCUGUCCAGAAGGUGGAAUUGCACUGCGCCUGGGCACCCUCCUCCUUGGCUGUUUGUGCUCCUUUCUUGGGCCACAUGAGGAACCUGAGGAAGCUGCUUGUCUCCCAGAUCUAUGUGCCUGCCUACACCUCCCAAGAGGAGCAGGAGCAGCUGCUUGCCCAGCUCACUUCACAGUUCCUCAGGAUGGCCUGCCUGCAGAAGUUCUUUGCCAAUGCUGUGUUGCUCCUAGAGGGCCACCUGGAACAGGUGCUGAGUCUGGAGCCCCUCCAAAUCCUGCUGGACAGCACUGCAACCACCCUGAACAGCCUGGACCUGGAAGCUUGUGGGAUCACUGACUCCCAGCUCCAGGCCCUCCUGCCUGCCCUGAGCCACUGCUCCCAGCUUGUGAUCUUGAGCUUUCAUGGGAACCACCUCUCUAUGUCAACCCUGAGGGACCUGCUGUGCCACACUGCCAGGCUGAGCCAGUUGAGCAUAGAGCUGUACCCUGCCCCUCUGGAGAGCUCUGAUGCCCGGGGUACCAUCCACCCAGAUAACAAAGAACUUGAAUUAUCAUCACAAAAGAUGGACAAUAUGUGUAAAACCACAAAACCAGUUAGUCUGAAAUAUGAUGUGACAACAAAUGAUACACAGAGGCCUAUGCCAAGCACAAAGAUCAGAUGUUUCUGUUUUCCUGUAGAUAGGUUUUAUCUUGCAAGCUCUCCUAACGAGAAAAACAGCAGAAAUGUGGGAAAUGUCAACUCAGACAAAUUUAGCCAGAAUCUUACCUUUGAAGGGCUUAAUAGAAAAGAUACCCCUUCUACUGUUGGCUCCCAAUUUAAUGGUUUUAAUCAGCAGAUUCCAAAAAAAAUCCAGGGAUAGCAAUGUGAACCAAAGAACUUAACUGGCAUGAGUAUAGUGAUUGUGCCAAGUACACUCCAGGAAAAGGGGACAAUGAGCAUCAAGGUUAGUGGUGACCAUUCUAGCAGUUCCACACAGCCCAACAUGCCAGCCAGAUCAGCAAGAGAGGCACCAGUGAGACUGUCCUCUCAUUCUCACCAUCUUGCUCCUGCAAGAGUAUCCAGAAUACUGCAACCCCAUCUCGGGACAACAUUUUACAAACAACCUACCCCAACCAGCAAAGUCAGGGGGAUUGAGGAGAGACCAGCUUCACCUUCAGCAACAGUGCCUCCUAGCACAGCUCUUACUCCCCUGAGUCAUGUGGAGAAAUCAGUUCCAGAGGCAGACAGCACAUCAGCUUAUGCUUUGAAGCCAGCUGCUAAGCCUAAAGAGAACUCUGAGGAGCUUGGCCUACCUGACAUAAAUCCAAUGUGCCAGGGACUCAGGCUAAAACAAAUGGAAGAAUUACAAGACCUUGAAUUUGAAAUGCCACAGUUUGUGUAG